AACUAACUAGUUGAAGCAGUAUGAACAAAAGUGCAGAGUACGAAAUGUGUUAUGGAAAAACACAAAAUAAAAGUAAAUAGAAAAAAUCUAUAAAAAUAUUCGUGAAACAUUGAAAAAAGUGUCUUAAAACUGAUUGAACACUCGAAUAUUGUGGAAUUUAUCGAAAAACUCAAGUAACGAAGCCAUCGGCCAUUUGACUUAAUAUGGAACCGAACUCGGAAUGAACAUAUUUUAAUACCUGCGUGAUCCCAUCCGUGGUGAAAGUUUACAAAAUAAAACAAAAACAAUACAUAACACAUAGGCUUUUAACAAAGUUAAAUAGCAAAUUUAAUAAAUUUAAUUACAGAUUCAAAUAAGAGCCACUAAAUAUCAAUAGGAAACAACGUCCUACAAAAAUCUAUAGUGAAAGUGAAUAUAAUGAUUUGAACAAAGUGCAAAUUACAACAAACAAAUGUGACACAAAGACAAAAAACAAAGUGACUUCAAAAUCAUUUAAAUGUUGUGAACACGGACAGUUGAGCAAAUAAAAACAAUUCCAGAAACAAUGUGCUUCAUGGACAGUAAAUCACAGUCAUCGAUAGGCAGUGAAUUGCCAAACAAAAUGAUCGAGGAAAAACGGGCCAAACCGAAAGAAAAACGAAGGAACAACGAGAAGCGCAAGGAGAAGUCUCGUGAUGCGGCCAGAUGUCGUCGGUCUCGCGAAACGGAAAUUUUCACGGAGCUUGGUGAAACGUUGCCGGUACGAAAAGAUGAAUUGGAAAAUCUUGAUAAAUCAUCCGUGAUGCGUUUGGCAAUUGCUACAUUGAAAAUCGAAGACAUGCUGCAAUUAUUUAAAUUUGAGGAUGCAGCAAAACAAAAGGUUGAAGAUCAACUACUCAACAACAUUGACGAAAAUGUUGUAAUGAAAGCUCUUGACGGCUUCUUGAUUAUGCUCUCGACCGAUGGUGAUGUUAUAUAUGUAUCAGAGAAUAUUCACGAAUAUAUUGGCAUUCAUCAGAUUGAGAUCCUUGGAAACCCAAUUUGGGAUUACACUCAUCAAUGCGAUCACAAUGAAUUGCGCGAUAUUUUGAAAGCGCAUGCAGAGGACCACAAGAAAAAUUCCGAAUCAUCUUAUCGCAAUGUUUCGAUUCGUAUCAAGUGCACGUUGACGAGCCGUGGUCGCAGCGUUAACAUAAAGAGUGCAACCUACAAGGUCAUUAACAUUGAGGGUCAUAUUGUAUUGGAUAAAGCAAAAAAUCAUCACCAAUUCAUUGGAAUUGCCCGUUUAAUACCACAUCCAUCGAACAUUGAGGUGCCAUUGGAUUCGAAAACAUUUCUAUCGAAACAUUCAUUAAAUAUGAAAUUCUCAUACGUCGAUGACAAAAUGCUGCCAAUUUUGGGAUAUAAACCAUCUGAUUUAUUGGAUAAAUCAUUGUACGAGUACCAUCACAGCGUCGAUUCCGAAGCACUAAUGGUUGCAUUUAAAAAUGUCAUAAACAAAGGUCAAACGGAAACUCAACGCUAUCGUUUCUUGGGACGUAACGGAGGAUAUUGCUGGUGUGUCACACAAGCAACGCUCGUUUAUGAUAAACAGAAGCCACAGAGUGUCGUUUGCGUUAAUUAUGUCAUAAGUGAUUUGAUAAAUGAAAAUGAAGUGUAUUCAUUGCGCCAGUUGGAAGCGUUCAAUGCGUUAUCGCCCAGCGAGAAAUUAGAAUUGCAAACAAAAGCUGCGGAACGCAGUGCUGAAUUGAAAAUCGCAAAAAUCGAUCCAAUUUCACCGAAACAAGAGACAUUUGAAGCGAGAAACAUUAAAUUGGAAGUGGUUGAUGAUUAUCCAUUACAAAACAAAACCAAUAUCAACAACAACAGCAACGACCAAUUGAACUGUGCUAAACCAUCAGAUUUGAUUAUUGUACCGGAAACACCGAUUCGACGUGUUUUAAUCGCAAAUCAACUAAACAACGGUGCAGCAGCAAAAUCCAAUCCAAAAGCCGUUACAGCAUCGGUAUUUAAGGCAAUACCGAUUGGUGCAAAGCAACCGUUUAAAAUUAUUGGCGGCGAACAAUUGAAUUGUAACGGAAAUAACGGCGUUGCACGUGCUCCACAAGCCGUAACCGCAACAUUAAUACAGCCAAUUACGGCUGUAAAACGUGACUCGUUUGGAAAAAUUCAAUCGAAUAUUGCAAAACCGUCAUUGGUACCGCGCCAAACUGUUGUCACUGCAUCAUUAUUUCAACCGCGCAACACAACCGCUGGACCCAAAUUUUCAUCGGCCACCACUGUCACUCAACAAGCAUCACGUGCUGCUGAAACUAUGAAUAAAUCGUUUUGUAUGCUCUCCGAUGAUUUAUCUCAGCCUACUUUAUUGAAAGCAAAACCAGAUGACACAGCUCUUUUGGGUGUACAACCACCUUCACCGCUAUCAACUGCAUCAUCGUCGCCGUCAAUGACACACAAUUCAAUCAAUAAUUGCUCAGGAGAGACCACGACCACCACCGUCACCACCAACAAAUAUGCCACAAACAACUUAAAUGACAUUACUCCACUCGACGACACAACAACUCCGUUAUUCGGUGAAAUAUUCGACGAACUCAUUUUGCCCGACGGUUAUUGCACAUUACUUUCCGAUGACAUAAAUCCCAUCGAUUCACAGUCAAAUAAAAUGAAUAUCAUCGAUCCGUUCAUUAGUUAUCGCGAUGAAAUGUGCGAAACAGGCGACAUUUCAUCACCGAGCAUUUUAUCGCCCGAUAAUUUAUCAAAGAGCCCUGCAGGAAGCAGCAGUAUACCAUCAUUAUGCAGCCCGAAUUCGAUGAGCCACAGCGAUGAAUUUGCAUUUAUGUCGACAAGCUUGGAUAAUACUGAUAUCGAUUUGUCAAUGCGUGCACCAUAUAUUCCGAUGAAUGAAAAUGACGAUUUGCCAUUGCUCACCGAAGACUUAAUGUGGAGCGCAUUUUCCGAUGAAUUAAGUUUGCACAAAGAUAUAAAAGAAGCGAGUGCGCUUCAACAGCAACAGCAGCAGCAACAACAACAACAAACACUGCAUUUGCAAUCAACGCUUCCAUCACAACAAUUUGGGCCCGAUACCGUUGAACAAAUGAUUAUUGACGGUGCAAUCAGUGAAAGUGUUAAAGGUACACCAAAUGCUAGCGAACAACGUUUAAUGUUUGGCACGGCCAGUAAUUUGGCCUCAUAUUUGGCAAGCAAAUACGUUGAAAAUGACACCGGCAAUGAUGAAUGCAAUAAACAAACGAUUGCUCAUGAAAUUUUAAAAAUGGAACAACAUUCACCGAAUUAUGAAUGCGGUUCAAAUAGCAAUAGCACUGCCAUUGACGAUAAUUCGAUUAAAACGCAACAAAUGCUUGCGAAAAGUUUAAACGACGAUAGCAUACGAUCUCUGACACCAAACCAGAUCGCUGGCGAACCAUCGAAAAUGGAAGUUAUUGAUGCCAUCACCGACGGCUGUAUCACCACAUACACCAUACAAAUGUUUGACAGCGAUGCCUUUACGAAAAAUGGCACAAAUCCAACCACAUUGUCGAAUUGGACAAUGAACGAUUUGCUUCAAAUGAAUGUCAACGAAACAAAAACAUCGGUUGCAUCGCCCGCAAAACGUGGUUCGCUUCGAUCACGAACACAAAACCAACAACAAUCGAUGACCGAAACGGCCAGUAAUAUUUCUCAAUUGAGUCACAAGCGUCCAUCACCAUUGGAUUCAAGCAUAAAUAAGCGAUUGAAGAGCAAUUCAACGGUGUCAACGUUCAACCAAACCAACUCGAACCGAUCGACCAUUCAACAGCCAUCACUUUCAUUACAGAAUCAAGAGACAGUACAACAGCAACAACAGAAAUCACCACAUUUGCUGCAACAUUUGAUGGCACCAUCACCCGAUCGUCUACGCAAAUAUACUGGGCCGGCCAAUAAACAAACGGCCAACGAUAAAAUCGACACACAAUGGAAAUGCAAUGUUGGAUACGAUGAGCCAAAAGCUCAAUCGUCCGAUUCGGUUCUUAAGAAUUUACUUUGUACCAUGGCAUCACAACCAGAAGUUCCAAUCAGUACGAUUGAUUUGUUGAAAGAGAAUCGUAAAUUGGACUUGGGACAGAGUAAUUUCGAAUAUGGACCAAAGGUGAAUGACACAAAUGGAAUGGAUUCCGAUGAAUAUGGGCUAGUUGACGAUAUAUUCCUUGUGAACGAAUUGAAUAGAAGCUUCCCCAACUCAAAUGGUGACACAUCACCAUUCACUUCAUCCGAUGAUGAUUUGGUUGGGCUCAUGAAGUCGUCCAUUGACGAGAAGAAACCGUUUGAAAGUUUUGAAAAACAGAUCACCAUCACUGUUCCACAGCCACCUCCACUUUCGUCGGACUCUUUAAUGGUCGGAGGAUGCCUCUUUGAUGGUAUUACCGAUCAAACAAACAUUUUGCCUGCAUCGUUGAUUUCGCCAAUGGGAACAGAGAACAGUAGCUAUGAUUUUAAUAUGUUCGACCGGACUGAUAUGGGUGCCGAUAGUUUGUUGGAUGUUUGGGCUGAUGAAAUGAAAUAAUGGGCACAAACCACCUAAUUGCGUCUAGAACAAACAAACCUGGACAAUUUCGCUUUAUUUUUUAAUCUAUAAUGCAAUUUGAUUUAAAAAAACAUGUAAUUUUUUUUACUCUUUGUAUUCAUUUUAAGAAGAAAUUUUCAUAAUUUUUUGGCAAUAAUUUGCAUAUAUUUAUAUUUUUGGAUUCAUUCAGAUGUUAUUUUUUUGGUCAAUUUUCCUUUUUUCGAAAGCACAAAUUGUAAGCAUAUUUUCCAAAUCAUUGAAUCGCACAGAUUGAAGAUUCUUGCAAAUAUGUAGAUUCAUAAAUGUAUACAGCUGUUAAAUUUAUAACUCAAAAUAAUAAAUUAGUGUCAUUUUAAUGUUAACACAUUUGGAAAGGAAAAACAUGUUUUCGGGAACACUAAAUUGUAAUUUGGGAAAUGGACACGUAGAUUUUAAAUAGUUUUAAUCACGUAGAUUAAUGAUGGUCGAACUCUGGCCACGACCAUGAGAUACAGGCAUUGUAGCAAAUAAUCUUAA